AUGAGAAUUUUAGGAUUGCUAGCUUUGGUUUUAAUAGUUGGAUCAUAUAUAUAUUAUUGUUCAUGGUUAUUACUGAAAGUAAAAAAUUUUGAUAAAUAAGCCAUUUCUGCCUGAAGAUCAUUAUUCAUACUAUUAUUUCCCAGAUUAGAAAUAUGUUUAUUAUUUACCUUCUCUUUUUUUGCUUUUAAUAUUAUCAAUGGUAAUGUCUACUUUGGGAUAUAUUCUUAUAAAUUCUGAAGUAUUUAGUAAACCUUAGAUGCCACCAUGGAUUAAAUAUGGUUAUUAAGGACCCAAAAUUACACAUUAAUGA